AUGUCUCGAGUUCCUUAUGCUAGUGUAGUGGGAAGUUUGAUGUAUGUUAUGGUCUGUAUUAGGCCUGAUCUUUCCCUUGCUGUUAGUGUUGUCAGCAAGUUCAUGGAGGGUUUAGUGUCCGAUUAUUCUGAUUCUGACUAUGUUGGAGAUGUUGAUAGUAGAAGGUCUACAACUGGCUAUGUGUUCACUCUGGGUGGUUCUGUUGUUAGUUGGAAAGCAACCUUACAGCGUACAGUUACUUUGUCUACUACUGAAGUAGAGUACAUGGCUUUAACAGAAGCUGCUAAUGAGGGAAUAUGGCUGAAGGGGUUAGUUGGUGAUCUUGCCAAGGAUCAAGUUCAUCAUGACAGAAGUAAGCACAUAGAUGUAAGAUAUCACUUCUUAAGAGUGUUCCCCUUUGUGGGAUACUUUGAGGCAUGA